UCCAAAAAGUUGGGGCCAGGUUUACCGCUCUUCAUCACCUCCUCUUUAACGAAGACUCUGAUGUACAGGAUGCUUGGGCAGGAAGGGAUGCCCAGGGAUUAUUUUAUUGGGACAUUAAGAGGACUGGUCCCAACAUGGAGCUGGAAAGUGAGUCAAUCAAUGCACAUCUGGCGGCAUUGGUGCGUAACCAUAAUCGUGAAAACACAGCUAUUUAUAGACUCAUUUGCUAUGACUACCAUCUGGAACAGGGGGACUCCAAGACUCAAGAUGAAACCCCAGGAGUACAACCUUGUUGUGGGCAUUAUAAAUGACCAUCACCACUGGACACUAGCGGUCAUUUACCCAGGAUCCAAGAAGUCACUAUUCUUUGAUCCACUGGGGGAGUCCAAAAAAGACCUCCAAAGAUGUUUGGAAACAACAAGGGCAUUCAUGCGAAAAAAGGGAUGCAAUGUCUCAAGGUGGAGAUGUGAGACAGUCCAGCAUCCCAAAGAGUCCGACUUCACCUCUUGUGGUGUAUUUGCCCUGAAAUUUGCAGAGCUACUUUUAAAAAAACAAGAAGUAGAUUUUCCUGCAAAUCAACAGGACGUUAACCAAUACAGGCUGCAAAUCGCCAUCACUCUCCUCCUAGAGAGUGAUGACCUGACGAGACGUGUCACUUUUGUGGGGAGGUGGAGCAUGCGUCGGACUGUAAUUGGAUUCAAUGUGACCUUUGCUGCCGUUGGUUCCACCAGUUGUGCGUUAAAAGUCCACCAGCAGAGGGAUCAUUCAUUUGUUCCGCGUGUGUGACAUGAACCCAAUUCUCUGUCCCUCUUUCCCCCUCUCUCUCUCCCUCUCCCUCUCUCUCUCUCUCUCUCUCUCUCUCUCUCUCUCUCUCUCUCUCUCCCUCUCCCUCCAGUGUAAUUUGUGCAUUUUGUAGUUGUUAAUUUGUUAAUUGCAUAUUUGAGGGCCUAA